AGCAAAAGUAACUUAUGAUCAUAUCAAAUUUAACCAAACCAGUUCAUAUCAAGCUGUGUACUUGUCAGGGUUUGAUUGGAUGAAUCAGUGUAUACUCAUACAUAUAGUAAACUCACAUACAUAUUACUCUGUUUCUGUUCUUCACUCUCUUUUCCAAAGAAGAUGGAAUCUGAUCUAACCACAGAGCAUCAUCUACCAUUCAUCCGAAUUCAUAAGAACGGCCGAGUCGAGCGGCUUAGCGGCAACGACAUCAAACCAACGUCUUUAAACCCACAAAACGAUGUCGUUUCGAAAGACGUCAUGUACUCAUCGGACCACAACCUCUCCGUCCGUAUGUUUCUCCCCAACAAAUCUAGAAAACUCGACACCGCCGGUAACAAAAUACCUCUACUCAUCUACUUUCACGGCGGAGCUUACAUCAUACAAUCUCCUUUCUCUCCGGUUUACCAUAACUACCUCACGGAGGUUGUUAUAACCGCUAACUGCCUAGCCGUGUCGGUUCAGUACCGUCUUGCGCCAGAGCAUCCGGUUCCGGCGGCUUACGACGAUUCAUGGUCUGCGAUUCAGUGGAUCUUUUCUCAUUCUGAUGAUUGGAUUAAUGAAUACGCUGAUUUCGACAGAGUUUUUAUCGCCGGAGAUAGUGCCGGAGCCAAUAUAUCGCAUCACAUGGGAAUAAGAGCUGGUAAGGAGAAGCUUAGCCCUACAAUCAAAGGGAUUGUUAUGGUGCAUCCAGGUUUUUGGGGGAAAGAACCGAUCGACGAACACGAUGUACAAGACGGAGAAGUCAGAAACAAGAUCGCAUAUAUUUGGGAAAAUAUCGUUAGCCCGAAUAGUGUUGAUGGAGUGAAUGAUCCGUGGUUUAAUGUUGUUGGAUCCGGAUCGGAUGUUUCCGAGAUGGGAUGUGAAAAGGUUUUGGUUGCGGUUGCCGGAAAAGAUGUGUUUUGGCGGCAAGGAUUGGCUUAUGCGGCGAAGCUGGAGAAGAGUCAGUGGAAAGGAAGUGUUGAGGUGAUUGAGGAAGAAGAGGAAGGACACUGCUUCCAUCUCCAUAACCAUAAUUCUCAAAAUGCUUCGAAAUUGAUGCAGAAGUUUUUGGAGUUUAUCAUAAGUUGAAUCUUGAUGCUCAAGUAUGGUAUUAGAUGACAUAAUCCUUUUAUAUAAUCAUAUUGUUAACUUUAAUAAUAAUUUAUGAUUUUAAUCGUCAAAUUUCGGAGAGUUGAACAUACAAAUAACUUAUGAUUUUAAUCUCUAAUUGCUGUGAAUUUGUGUAUC